AUGGAGUCCUCGGUGAAGGAGAGGCUGGGUUUCUUCGAGACGCCAGAGGACCUGGUGCUAUCUCUGCUGUGUACGUUCGGAGACUGGUACAACAGCUCGGGGCAGGCGGAGCGUCUGGAACGACAGGUCGGCGCGGCCAACUUUACCCGCACGGCCGUGGAGCUGUUUGUUCAGGAGUGGCGUGUGUUUCUCCCUCCUCGCCACACGAGGGCGCUGCAGAUCUGCCCCAUCCUGGGCUUCGUGGCCGUGUUCGUGACCACGCCCACCAUUCUGGCUCAUAUUCUGUCCAGAGUCCGCUUGCGACAGCAGACGCGUUACCUUCUCCUAGCCAACGUGUUGCUUAGCGACCUGCUCUUUGUGGCUCUCUACAUGCUGAGCACGUGCUUAAACACCGCCGCUGUGCUGAUGUCAGCCUGGACCUGCGCUGCCGUCCUCUUCCUGAUGGGGGCGCUGUACUGCACGGGUCUUUUCAGUGCCACCGCUAUAGUCCUGGACACGUCCUUGGCCGUACUAGCCCCGCUGCGCUACGCUACGCUCUGGCCGCUCGCUACCACCUACAGAGUGAUCUCUGCCAUCUGGGCCGUGUCGGUCUCCGUACCCGCCGCAUCCGUGAGCGUCUUCCUGUGGUACCACGUCUCUGGCCCUUGCAGACGGCACAUCUGCUCCCUGCCCGUGGUUCUGGUGCUGACGGUGAGCCACUCCCGGCCCCUGCAGGUCUGCAUGCUUCUCACCGUGACGACCAUGCUGCUCUCUCUACUGCUGGUGUUGUCUGGAUACGUUGCCCUGUGCUGUCAGACGCGCAGGGCAGGCGUGUGGAGGCGAGGACAGUCCUCCCGCGCCAGAGGGACUUUCCUCAUCCACUACCUCUACCUCUUCCUGUCCAUGUGUCCCAUGAUGCUCCUGGCCAUUGAGCUGCUGACGUACUGCUACAGCAAGGGCGUGAAUCCCAGAACCAGCCUCUGGGUCUCGCUGGUGCUCUGUAAUGUCCUGCUGGUCCUGCCCAAGAGCUUGGCGCCGUACCUGUAUGGGCUCAGAUACAGGGACCUGCGUGGAGCGCUUCGGGACUGCUUCGGCCUGAGGAGGACGAGGGCCGUCACGCCUGUCACGUGACUCCUGAAACCUCGCCUCCCAACACCUGUCAUGUGACUCCUGAGA